CGCACGUCACUGAGCCCACGCGCCUUGCGCAUGCGUCUACUAAGCCCAGCCCCCGCCUUUCUGCCCCUCACCAACAUGGCCGCCUCGGCAACUACCUUCCCUACGGAUUAGAAUGCGGCCACCUCUGACGUCAUAAGGAGGCGCCGGUGUCUAUUAGGUGGAGGGGUCGCACGUGUGCUGGGAAUUGGACACUUUCAGGCUGCGCCAUGAAUACACCGCUAAGGCGCAGCAGGCGGCUGGAAGGCCUGAAUCCAGAAACCGCAGAGAACGUCCCGGCUGCUUCGCAGGCGAGACGGGCCCUUGUGGAGUUCAAGCCUAGCACAGAAGAAACGAGGGAGCCCGGGUCCCCUGUGAGUGUGCGGCAACAUGACCUAGGGUUUCCUUCAUGUCAACCGGACUUAAGCCCGGGAUCACCCACUCUGCGGCAGGAUGCAGACUUGGAGUCCCCCCGAAGGCAGCCAGAGCAGAACCCAAAGUCCCUCCAGCGUCAGCAAGAUCCAGGCCUGGAGUUACUUCCAAGACAACCCGAGCCGAGUCCCGAGGCCCCCCAACGUGCGGAGUCACCAAAACUGUCCCAGGACCAAGAGCAGCUGGACUCGGAGGGGGCCCAGGGUAAGGAGGAGCUGACCCCAGGGUCUCCCCAGAGUCACCAAGAUGCAGGUUUGGAGUCACCUCCAGGACAGCCAGAGCUGAGUUCUGUUUCCCUCCUACGUGCGGAGUCACCAAAACUGUCCCAGGACCAAGAGCAACUGGACUCGGAAGGGGCCCUGGGUAAGGAGGAGCUGGCCCCAGGGUCUCCCCAGCGUCACCAAGAUGCAGGCUUGGAGUCACCUCCAGGACAGCCAGAGCCGAGUUCUGUUUCCCUCCUACGUGCGGAGUCACCAAAACUGUCCCAGGACCAAGGAGAAUUGGACUCGGAAGGGGCCCUGGGUAAGGAGGAGCUGGCCCCAGGGUCUCCCCAGCAUCUGCAAGAUGCAGGCUUGGAGUCACCUCCAAAACAGCCAGAGCCGAGUUCUGUUUCCCUCCUACGUGUGGAGUCACCAAAACUGUCCCAGGACCAAGGAGAACUGGACUCGGAAGGGGCCCAGGGUAAGGAGGAGCUGACCCCAGGGUCUCCCCAGCAUCAGCAAGAUCCAGGCUUGGAGUCACCUCCAAGACAGCCAGAGCCGAGUUCUGUGGCCCCCCAGCGUGCGGAGUCACCAAAGCUCUCCCAGGAUGAGGGAGAACUGGACCCUGAGAGGGCCCCGGGUAAGGAGGAGCUGACCCCGGAGUCUCCCCAGCGUCAUUUGCAACCGGGCCCAGAAUCCCCAGAGCCUCAUCCAGUUCAUCAAGCUCCGAGUCCCCAGCCCUCGAAACCACCAGAGGAGCUGACACCCCAGGCUCCCGGCUCCCCCGGGCGCCAGCAGGACCAUAGCAAGACAUCUAAGGCCAGGAAGACAGAGACAGGCAGCCUCUGUGCAAAGAGGCACAAUGCAUCUUCAACCCAGGCCCCACCGUCCAAGAAGUUAAAGAAGGAGGAAGAGAAGCUUCCUGAAAUCCCUAAGGGAAAGCCCAAAUCUGGACGUGUAUGGAAGGACCGCUCCAAGAAAAGGUUCUCCCAGAUGGUCCAGGACAAGCCCCUGCACACCUCCUGGCAACGGAAGAUGAAGGAGCGGCAGGAGAGGAAGCUGACCAAGGACUUUGCCCGGCACCUGGUGGAAGAGAGGGAGAGGCGCCGGCAGGAAAAGAAACAGCGCCGGGCUGAGAACCUCAAACAUCGCUUGGAGAAUGAGCGGAAGGCUGAGAUCGUCCAGGUGAUCCGGAACCCAGCCAAGCUCAAGCGCGCAAAGAAGCAGCAGCUGCGCUCCAUUCAGAAGAGGGACACCCUGGCCCUGCUGCAGAAGCAGCCACCCCAACGGCCAGAAGCCCAAGUCUGAGCUGAGGACAGCCCUCCAGGGCCAGCACUCCAACCCUGUGACCUCAGACAGGGCCCCAGCCUGGACAGGGCUCCUGGGCCUUGAAACUCUUGGGCAGGUCUCUGUGGGUCAGAGGCCCAAAGAGAGUCAGCUCCCUCUUUCCUUCCUCAUCCUUCUCCAAGUGCCUUCAGACCAAGAACAGUACAUUCUUGUUCCUCAGCUGGUGACUCACCAAAAUAUGUGGUCAUGUCUCGGGGUCCUGGGUCCAACCCAGGCCUGGAGGCCAGCAGUCAGGAACCAGCUCCCUGCCACUUUCCCAAAGGUCACCUGGCCCCCAACCAACUGAAUCCAGCUCUUCCCACCAC